CAAAAAAAAGAGAAACAAAUUAAGAAAAGAGAUUAGCAACGCUUUGGUAAUAACGAUCAUGGACCUGGACGGGAUCAUCUCAACGAAGCAGACUGUAAACUAUGAAUCGAAGACGCGUGCCAUUCAUUCCAAUACUCCAGUAUCAUUCUCGAUACGGGUCCGAGAAGUCGAACUGCGUUUUGUGCGGGAUGGUAGCGUUCUUCGCGAAAAUCUGUUAAAACACAGAACCAUAGCUUCACCGGUUAUUGGAUUGGAGAUCCCACCUUGUUUUCUUGCUGGUGAAGAAAUUUGCAGAGGUUAUGUUGCUAAGGCCUUGUCUAAGACAAUCAUACCCACCUGGAUUCAACCGUUCAUCCUUCCUCAAAUCUGCAAAGACGCCAUUACGGAGGAGGGCAAAAGAAGUGGUUUCAUGGUUGAAGCUCAAGUUGGAGCAGUCAAACAAACAUAUAUCAAUAAUUGUAUUGAUGUGAAUGAUUACAACUCUGGAGGUCUUAAAAUACCAACCGAACCAGAUUGUCCAAUCUGCCUACAAGAUUUUGGUCCUAGGAGCAUCAUCACCAAGUUGCGCUGCUGCGACUACAAUUUUCACAGGGAUUGUAUUCUCAUGUGGCUGGGCCGCAAGCCUUCAUGUCCUACUUGUCGUGAUGAUAUCCGCAACCCCCGACCAAAGAAAUUUACCCCAAAGAUAUUUUUAGGCCGAUAACACAUAUAUGGCCAUGAACUCAUAGAUUCAGGAGGAACAGUUGACUUGAAGAAGCAAACCUUCGGAAGUGUUUUGGUUCAUGUGAAGUUUCUU